GACCGAACGAAACUACAACAAACUAAUUGAUUAGUCUUUAUUCAGCAAUUCAAAAUAUGUUAUUCAAACACAUUAAAUUUAAGUCACCUGAUAGCUCAUUAUAACUGUUAUCUUAAAACUGAACAAAUAACUCCAAUCUAGCAAUAAAUAAACAAAACUGUUUCAAACAAAAAAAAAUUAUGUACACAUUAUAUAAACCUCCGAACAUCGCACACAUACAAAUAAAACCUGUUCUUCCACUUUACUAAAAAACACCCGCACAAGAUGGCGUCAGAAAUUUCAGAAAACAAUUAUAACUCGGACAGUAUUGGUAGCUGUGAAGAAAAAUCCUCACUCACAAAACCCACCGUCUAUUUCCAAACCCAUGAUCUCCGAUUUUUUGUAAAACAACCACUGACUAUGCUAUAUAGUUACAGAAAUUUAAAGAAUGAAUGUUUGUCCACUGGUAAUCCACAGGCGCACUACAUCGAAGGAAUACUUCAAUACUUUCAGCGCCGCAAAACUAUCAAAGGACUCAACCAUUUUCGUCAAUCUGCGUAUGGAAACUAUGACAAAGCCGCUACGCCUCUCCGCCUCUCAGCCUCUGUAUCUAUGCCUCUCUCUUUCUCCAACAUCCCUAGAAGCAAGCCGUGAGAUAAAACUGAGAAACAUAAUAGCUCUUGAGCAGUGCCAUUACCCUAAACAGAACCACGUCUGUAGCUACGCCUUAUUCCUAGAUUAUCUCAUUGACACUGAUAAAGACGUUGACUUGCUUCUCGAGAAAGGAAUACUAAAAAGUUGGAUUUGGCAACCCGCUAAAAAGUUGCGCAGAUGGUGAACAAGCUCGUGACAGUCAUCCUAGAUCCUGGUUCUUACUAUUAUGAUAUAGCGGGUGAAGUCAACAAGUCCUCAAGCGUGUGUAUUUCGGUAAGCCGUGGACAGGGACAGCCACCAUCGGCGCUACGUUUCUAUUGGCGAUGACACUUAUCCAGACUUAGGCAUGGACUGUUCAGGUUAAGCAGAAUGAACGUUAGAGAUGCAGUUGCAUCUCUAUCUCUAGUUGGUUUGCAGUUUAACUGAAACUUCCUUAAUUUUCGGAAAACCAGUUUUUUUAACUGAAACUUCCUUAAUUUUCGUAAAACCAGUUUUUUUAUUCGUAGAAGACACCUUCUACACCGUGUAGAAUCAUAAUAAAAAUCAUGAAUACAAUUUCUACUUCUUGUAGACGUUUGUGUUAAGUUUAGAUUUCGCAUACCCGAAAUUUUAGAAUACUUCAUAAAAGUAGAAACUGUAUUCAAGAUAAAAGUAGAAAUCUUUACAAUUAGUAGAAUUUGCAUUCCUCAUAUUUAGAAUUUUAAUCACAAGUAGAUUGUUUUUUUAUAAAAAAAGUAGAUGAACUUGUUUGUUCUGGAAUUCGUUUUCUACUUACCCAUUUUCUGUAGAAGACGAAUUCUACUUUUAGUAGAACGUAAUUUUAAAAUUUUAUUUAUCAAUUUUUUCAACCAAACAAAAAAUGUGUUUAUGUAUGUAGGUGUUUUAUUAAUUGUUUAUAUUUUUAAUAUUUUUUUGAAUUUAUAAAAAUAAUUAUUUUAUUAAUUUUCAGAAAUGAAAGGGUAACAGAGAGAAAAAAUGGAUAAAAAUGGUUUUAUACCAUAAGGACAACUAUAUUAUUUUUUUGUUCCGUUUUGGCAAUUUCUCCUAGUUUUUUUUAACAAAAUCUACUUAAGCUAACUAAACAAGUCAACUAAUGGAUCCCAUUUUUCUCUUUCUUAUCAACUUCUUCUUUCUCAGAUCUAAUUCUCCUUCUUUUUUGUUCAGAGGAUUUGUCUUCUACAUAUUUUUAAUUUUAAAAUGUUCAAGAAAUUUUCUUUUAAGUUUUUAAAUUAUACAUUUUUCAAUUCAUCCACAACGUUCUUUAAUUUUCACUAAAUCAAAUAACAAAAAUUCUUUUUUCCAAUCUCUGGUGAAUCUCCAAUGACCUGACAAACAUUGAAAGAAAGGUAUGGAGUGAGAGAGACGACAAGCUCCAAUCUCCAGUUGCCGUUCUUGUGGCCGAGCUAAGAAGCGUCGGCGUGGCAGAGCUCAUGACCUUAGAUGACGACGGGUUACUCCGACAGAAGACGACGGCGAGCUCAUCUCUUUUUUGUGAAUCCUAAGCUUGAAAAGAUAGAGAUCCAUGGUUACAAGCUUAAAGAGACAGAGAUCCUUGAUAAAAAAAUAGACAGAGAUCCAUGGCUCCAUCCGAGCUCCGCGGACAAGCUCCAAUCCGCCGCAAUAAGCUCCGUUCCGCCGCAGUCCUUUUUCUUCUCAACGAUUUCAAAUCUUCUCAAUGAUUUCAGGUCGCCGCCGCAACCUUAUCACCACCGAGACCUUCUCCCACGAUCCUUUGCUUUGAUUGAGCUCCUCCCAUGGCGAACUGAAACUAGAGCCUGAGAUCAGGAUCGAGCGAGCGUUACCCAAACAACUUCUUUUAUUUUCAUUUUAAGCCCUUCAUUAGCUUUAUUGUCAUUUGACCCCAAAUUCUUGAAUAUACAAAUUUGUCCUCUUUUA